GGAAGGAAGGGAAGAAGGGAAGGCAGAAAGGCGAGGGAAGGAAAGAAGACAAAAAGGAAAGGAGUAGAGGGAGGACAGCACGGGGGAAGGGACCAAGUGGAGCUGGAAGGAAGGGAGGGAGGAAAGGGCUGGAGAAGGGAGCAGGAGCCCUGGGCAGGCAGCUCCGCGGGACGUGGUCCUCCGCUCUCUCCUGACCCCCAAUUGUCCGUCGUGUGACCCAGCCACCCCUCCUCCCGCCGCCUCAUGCCCACCUAGCCCCUCGCGCCCGCGAUCGCCGAGCUGCCACCGGCUCGGGAGGAUGGAGUCGGAAGGCGCCGGGCCGGCGGGGCCCCGCUCCGCGGUGGAGAAGCUGUCGGAGGCGGUGGGCCAGCGGACCAAGGCGCUGGGCAGCGCCCUGCAGGAGACGCACCGCCAGCGGCGCCUCCUGCUGGUCAUCGUGUGCGUGGUGCUGCUGCUGGACAACAUGCUGUACAUGGUGAUCGUGCCCAUCAUCCCGGACUACAUCGCCGCCAUGGGCGCCGCCGAGCACCAGCACCAGCAGGCGGCGCCACUGCAGCAGCAGCAGCAGCAGCCCCUUGCCGUCUCGGCCCUCAACGGCAGCAGCGGGGCGAGCGGCGGCGGCGGCGGCUGGCCCAGCAACGCCAGCAAGCCCUUGCUGAGGCCCCGCUAUCCGGCCGACAACGACGACAUCAAGAUCGGGGUGCUGUUCGCCUCCAAGGCCAUCCUGCAGCUGCUGGUCAACCCGCUGAGCGGCACCUUCAUUGACCGCGUGGGCUAUGCCCUCCCGCUCCUCAUCGGCCUGGGCGUCAUGUUCCUCUCCACCCUCAUCUUCGCCUUCGCCGAGAACUACGGCACCCUCUUCGUCGCCCGCAGCCUCCAAGGCCUGGGCUCCGCUUUCGCCGACACGUCGGGAAUCGCCCUCAUCGCCGACAAGUACACGGAGGAAUCCGAGCGCAACCGGGCGCUGGGCAUCGCCUUGGCCUUCAUUUCCUUCGGCAGCCUGGUGGCGCCCCCUUUCGGGGGCAUCCUGUACCACUUUGCGGGCAAGAGGGUGCCUUUUCUAGUGCUGGCCAGCAUCUGCCUCGUGGACGGGCUUCUCCUUCUGCUAGUCGUCAAGCCCUUUGACCGGGCGCGGGAGAACAUGCCCGUGGGCACCCCCAUCUACAGACUCAUGAUCGACCCUUACAUCGCCGUGGUGGCUGGAGCCCUCACCACCUGCAACAUCCCCCUGGCUUUCCUAGAGCCCACCAUUGCCAACUGGAUGAUGAAGACCAUGAAUGCCAACGAGUGGGAGAUGGGGCUCACGUGGCUGCCAGCCUUUAUCCCCCAUGUCCUGGGAGUCUAUGUCACAGUCAAGCUGGCAGACAAGUACCCCCACCUUCAGUGGUUCUAUGGGGCUUUGGGCAUGACCAUCAUAGGAGCCAGCUCAUGCGUGUUGCCCGCCUGCCGGAACUUUGGACAGCUCAUGAUCCCUCUGUGUGGCAUCUGCUUUGGCAUUGCCCUGGUGGACACCGCCCUCUUGCCUACCCUUGCCUUCCUGGUCGAUGUCCGCUAUGUGUCCGUCUAUGGCAGCGUCUAUGCCAUCGCAGACAUCUCCUACUCUGUGGCAUAUGCCCUGGGGCCAAUCGUGGCAGGGGAGAUUGUCCAUUCCUUUGGCUUCGUCCAGCUCAACUUGGGCAUGGGCCUCGCCAAUGUACUUUAUGCCCCCGUCCUCCUCCUCCUCAAAAACAUUUGCCAGAUCAAACCCUCUUUCUCAGAAAGGAACAUUCUUUUGGAUGAGGAACCCAAGGGACUCUACGAUACCAUUAAGAUGGAGGAGCGCAGAGGCAAGGGGAGAAACCCCCGUCCUGUAGGAGGCACUGAAGGAAAUAGUGUAGAUACUUUCCAUAGAGACUUCAGGGGAGCAUCUGAAGAAGACUCUUCAGAUUAUGACUAUACUUAAGAGGGUGGGUAGAAUGUCCCGGAGGGGAGAACCGAACGCACUUUGACUGCUACCUUCAUGUCCCAAUGUGCCAAUAUACUACACUUUAACCUUUGUCUUGACGUGAUGGCUUUCUUCUUCUUUCCUCCUCUCCUCCUCCUCUCUCUCACACUCUUCUCUCUGAAGGUAUUACUUUAAACACCUUGUUAAACAAAAGCUCCAAAUAACUAUCUCAUACAGGAAUGGUGUAUUUGUAUAAGUCUGUGAUGGCUGUUUCUAAUGAAAAGGGGGAUGAACCCCUAAAAAAAAAAUUCAACCCUCUAACAAAGUCUGUUGUGCCAAGAGGUUUUCUAGCUAUGUAGUGGUUGUCUGUGGGCUAGUCCACACACACCUGUGAGCUGGUUUCAAAUUUCAGUAUUUCUGCCUCACUUGAUUUCCUGUCACUCAGACAUGCUGCACUUGGAACCAGUUCACAUGUGCAUUGAUUUUUCUGCGCUUGAUCAUGGUGUGCUUUGUGAAUGAACACAUGGACUGACUCAAUUGGAAAGCGUUGGGUCGAGGCUUCAUUCCAGUUAGAGUAGACCCGCUGACUUUAAUGGGAGUUAACUGAGGCAUGCCCAACUUCUCCUAUUGAUUUUGAUUGGUCACCUCUCAUCCUGACACUCUGGAGCCAACCCAGUGUGUUUUUGAAAUGACUGGGUGAAAGUGGUGUCUGGUGUUAGACUUCGUGAGGAUCCAUUCACAUCAACAGAUGUUGCAGAUAUCAAAUGAUGCACGUGUGAAUCAGCCUGACUUCUUUACCUCUCUGUGGUUGGUUGUUGCUUUUUUUAACAAAAUACUGAAAUGUGUUAAAAAAUUAAAAGAAAUGCAGAAGGCUGUGAAAGUCCAGCCGCCGGUCCUGGAACUGGGGAAAAAAGUGUGUGCGCGUGUAUAUAGAUAGAUAGAUGGAUGGAUGGAUGGAUAGGUACCUCGCUGGAAACUUUCCAUUAGUUGGAUAUUUUAAAGCCAAGCACUGAAGACAUGUAAUGUGACUUCUUGGAAAGAGGGGAUCUAUAACCAUUUCCACUCCUCUUGUUGUGCUGCUAUUCUGAUAAAUGCAAUAUAUGGUAACAUGUUUUAAUCUGACUCUGCUGCACUGGUGUAGGAUUGAAUAAAUGACCUUCCGGGUGAAGUGCUGUCUUCCUUUCGUUGUUUGCAUGUCAAAAUCAGAGAUGCAGCCCAACUACGGUUGAUGCUGUGCACAGUUCCUCAGAAGUAAGCGCCCCUGAGCCCAGUGAGACUUACUCCUGCAGAAAUGUGGAGAGGGCUGCAGCCUUAAGCAAGGGGUGGGGAAUACAAGCCUGUGCCAGAUUAUGUAGAAGUAAGCCCCACUGAUUCAGUGGGGCUUCCUUCUGAGUAGACACUGCUAGCGUUGUUCAAGAUGUACUUCUGAGUGAAUCGCCUGUAUGCUCUGUCUGCCAAUCGUCGGACGAAUUCUUCAGAGC